AACGGGGGAAGCUUGUUGAAGAACCGGCUGGGUCCGACGUCCGGAGCCCAUCAUGUCACAAUACAGAUGCUGAGCGCGGGUCCGACACCGUAUCUACCCACCGAGCGGCAGUAGUUGACGGCCACGCCCCGCACCCACCGACCGGGAGCCCGGAGAAAACUGCCGGCGGAGACGCGACGGCGAGCGGGCGGAGAAGCCAGCAGGGCGGCUAGCGGAGAGGAAGCAGGAGUGUCGGCGGCUCUCUGGGGUCGGAGAGGGGGGGAACCAUGAGAGAGUACAAAGUAGUGGUGCUCGGAUCCGGUGGGGUCGGGAAAUCCGCGCUGACCGUCCAGUUCGUGACGGGCUCCUUCAUCGAGAAGUACGACCCCACGAUAGAGGACUUCUACAGGAAGGAGAUCGAGGUGGACUCGUCCCCGUCCGUGCUGGAGAUCCUGGACACGGCGGGGACCGAGCAGUUCGCCUCCAUGCGGGACCUGUACAUCAAGAACGGCCAGGGCUUCAUCCUGGUCUACAGCCUGGUGAACCAGCAGAGCUUCCAGGACAUCAAGCCGAUGCGGGACCAGAUCAUCCGGGUGAAGCGGUACGAGCGGGUGCCGAUGAUCCUGGUGGGGAACAAAGUGGACCUGGAGGGGGAGAGGGAGGUGUCGUCCGGCGAGGGGAAGGCGCUGGCGGACGAGUGGAACUGCCCGUUCAUAGAAACUUCAGCCAAAAACAAAAGCUCCGUGGACGAACUGUUCGCGGAGAUUGUCCGACAGAUGAACUAUGCCUCCACUCCGAAUGGCGAUGACCAGUGCUGCUCGUCCUGUGUCAUUCUUUAAGAAAAAACCAACGAGGACGGCUUCCAGUUUUAUUCUUUGCUCGGUUUUUCAGUUUGCAAUGUGUGUUGCAGCAAGUGUGUACUGUGGAGCUCUUCUUCGUGUCUCACCCCGGCCUUGGAGGAAAAUGAAGGCAGGAAUGCUGCAGGGGGGACGAGGAGGAGGGAGGGGGAGCAACUGAGACGGAGGGAGGGAGGGGUCCACUCUUCAGGAAUUCUGCUGGGUUGGAGUAUCUUUUGCUGCACGAUCAGUGUCCGCCGUCGAUGUCAACACAGUGUCAGACCCAGAGUUUCAGCAGUGACACCCUCCUCCCUCACCAGCUCCCAACUGUACUCCCGACUGGAACUAAACCCCAAUGGAAAAGAAAUGGAGGGCAACACUUAGAGACUCAUAAAUGGAUAUUUCUGUAUAAGACGAAGACACAGAGAGAAAGAGAGAGAGAGUAUAUUUUGUUAAAAAGACUGCACAGUCCGGGGGAUGCUAAAGAUAAAGGUGACGUCUCUGCCUAACCCGCUUCGAAGCAACGCUCCGCAACGCUUAAAAUCCUAUUUUUCUCCAAAGUCAAAAGAAAUGGACGAAUUUAUCUGCUGGUGGAGUAAACGUGAUGUGUGCCACUUUUCUUCUUUUUUCCCUUCAUCUCCUCUUCAAGUGUGCGAGAGGACCUUUUUAACUGAAGUGACACAGGGAUGGCGACCCGCUCGCCCUCGUGUCGAGUGCCUUUCCAAAACAAAUCAGCUGUUCAGAUUUAGUGCCAACCUUCAUGUUUCACCAAAAGAACUGUUCCAACGUGGCAACCCACAAACUAGUGAACUGUUCUGGAUAAUCUCAUAAGGGUGGAGGCUGAAAAAAGAAAAACACAAUAGGCUCUUUGUUAAUGGAAUGGCGGUUUUCUGUAUGUUUUUACGUUUUGCCUUUUUGAAGUCUGCGGUGUUCAUUUUGCAAUUUCUGCUUGGUCUGGCCAAACCUAUAUCUUGAAACGAACAGGUACUGGAACCCCCCUAGAGGUGGUGACAACAUCAGACGCUGCCAGACCACUUCAAUCAAAGGAAAUCUGUUUGUUCUCUUUAUUUUGUUGUUUUUAACAGGAAAUGUGAUGAUGUACCGUUGACAAAUCUAACCUGAUUGUAAGUUUAAUUUCAGACCAGCCUUUUAACAGUGGGCUGUCUGUUUUGAAAACAAGAAUUUUAAUACAAAUUGCAUUUUUUUUAAAGAAA